GUGGACGGUCGUGCAGACUUAGACUUGUGGGUUGUUCCACCCGGAGACUUCCCUAUGCGGCCGCUGUGCGCCGCCCCUGGCUACCGAAUCAGCGUCCAUGACAAACGAUGUAGCGGCGGAAAGUUGGACGUGGACUCAAGGGAGGACACUCCGCGGCCAGUGGAGAACGUUGUUUUUCAGAAGUGCGCUCCGUCUGGAAAGUACAGGGUAUGACGUGACUGAUUGAGGAGAGCUAAUUAUAAAGGAGGCGGCGUCUUCUGUUUUGUCGCUGAGGACGCCGCUUCUCCAUAUUCCAUGCUCUUGGCGAGUGAUCCCAAGAAAAUAGGCAAGAACAGAACUGAACACCUUCACGCGAUGAGUAUCGUGGUCAUAUUACUUUUGCUACUAGAUAUUCUAUAAUAUUUAUAUUAGAUAACAGAGCACGUCACUCCUCCUCAAUCAGUCGAGUCACCCUUCAUAAAGAGUCAUAGUCAACACGUAUGCGCAGUUCAACGGAGGCUACAAGGACAUCCAGCCGAAGGGUUACCCAUGGACCUCGGACGAAUAUAAAGUUAUCGGCGUUAGAGGUCACUUUUUGAAGGUCGACGUGUAGACUAUUGUUGGCAUUUGGCCAUAUUUCUCGCUAUUCUUGACAUUCUUUCUCUUGGCUACUAGCACUCUGCUUGUUCAUUUACUUUGCCAAUCCUGAGCCGCGGUGCCCAUGAUUGAAGUAGAUGCGUCCCAAGUCAGGCUGCUCCUGCUGUUAUGCGGUCUGACUUGUCUAUAAAUUGACAGUCAAGAAUAGACGAGCCCAGAGCUUUUAUAUAAAGGGUCACUGAGGAUGACCUUUCUAGGAUCCGGAACACGAGGAGGUCUGACAAGGACCUAAAGAUUGAUGUCCCGUUCCAUGUGUUGGUCAAGUCUCAUCCACGCGCCACUCUAGAGAUCGUGGGAGAAAAUGUUAAGAUGAACAUGAAUGCAGCAUAGGUUAUAUAUAGAAGCUGGAAGAAGACGCUGAAGCCGAAGUUUGCAUCUACUUCCUCCCAGCAUCAUUGAAAUUUAAUUGUCAGGGGCUCGCCACCUCCACGCAGUUGAUGCUUCAUCUUCUCAACGAAAAACGUUGCGCAAUGUUGCAAGGUGAAGUAGUUAAUUGCAUUUACAUGUAGAAGUAGUGAUAGAAAAUAAGGAGGGCAUGGGGAAAGUUGUAUCGGAAUAUCGUAACUACCGGACUCACAGUAAGGCAACUUGCCACACGCUGCGGCCGUUUUUCUAGUGGCGAAAACGGAGCCCCUUAGAUUAGAGAUGCUCUGUGGUGUCGCGGGUAAGGCAACCUGGAGUGCCUGAGACAGCAGAACCACCCGAACAGGGAGGGGCCACCUAGUGGGGCAAGGCUCUUCGUGUCCUGUUUGAAGUAGGAGCAGCGGACCAACGUAGCGCGAGCGCCUUGCGGGUAGGUUGGCUACAGGAGUCAAAGAGGCUUGGGAGCUAUCUGCGCGCGGAUGCUCGUCACAGUAGAAUCGCUCUGCUGUUGAGGAGGAACAGCCGCUCCGCCUUGCGGGGCUUAGGCUUGUGGAGUCCAAGGCGCGGCCACGUGGCUGCCGCGACGAGGAUAGCGGCUGGAGGCCGCUCUGGUGGUGAAGAAGCUGGGCGGUGUGGUAGGAGUGACAGGCCUGGAGGCUCUGCGGGGCUUUGUGGGUCUUGAGACCGUGGCUAGGUGUGUAUAGCGAGGCGCGGCAGCCUUCCACGGGCCACGCUGAUGCCCGUCGGCAUUCAGCGAGUGAGGCGUGAGGCUUGAUUGCGAUGAAACUGAAGGUGUCCAAGCCUCUUCGACUUGGUGGGGACACAGCCUCCCCAGCCUGAAGGGGAAGGCGCGUGCCUGGGCAGGGCAAUCAGCGAGCGCGGCUGUGACGUCCUAGGGUGUAGGGGGAGCGCGAGAAACCUGGACCGAGGUGCACAACGGGUGUCGCCACGUGUGCGCGCAGGUGACUAGUGAGGAGAGCAUGGGUGCGCCUCCGGUCUGACAGGGCCGCGGUGGGUUCCAGUUCCGUCCUGUGCUUUCUCUGUCUCUGCUUCCGGUAGAAGCAAGUUGCAGGGCCUGGGACUUGAAGCUGGACGAGCAUAGCGGCAGCGCUGUGACCAAAGAAGAGUCAGGUUGCCACAGCUGCCAAAGCUAUGCUGAGGGCAUUACUAGACGCAGGCGCAGCUCGAAUUUUUUCCAUAGAGUGCAUCUGGACCCCGCUCGAGACUAAUGGCUUAGAGUACGAGAUAAAUAGGCUUUGGAAAUUUCACUAGUUGGAAUCAGGGGCGCGCGCGUGGAUGGCUCGGCGGACUGUGUAACACCUCAAAGCGCCAUCCUCUGAUACUGAGGUGGCAGUCGUGUUCUCUAAUGAGAGCGAGCAAGUUGCUGGGGCGGACGCGAUCGCCAAGAGGGAGGGAGGCGUUCCAAUUGUGUUUGUGAGGAAGGGCACUACGGCCGGCAAACCUGAGAGUCUUUGGGGCCUAGUAUGGCUGAAGGACGUCCUGGAGUUUACCUAUGCUCCUGGUCCUCCCAAGAACAGUGACAAAUACGCCGAGCUUAUACCGGAAGGCGCGGGCGACGCAUGGACACAAGCGACGGCAGAAAUUGACAAUAAUUUCAAGGAAGAGAAUGGAGGCGGCACAAUCAAAGUCAUUCUAUCAUGGAAACAUCCUUCAAAGCUGGUCGAAGGAGGCUUAACGGUCAGCGCGUGCUCUGAUCCUCAGCAGCCAAGCGAAUGCCCAACCGGUCUUGCAUAUACUCAGCACUCUAAGCGCAUGAGCACGCAGGGCCCAGACGGCACUCGUAAUCAAAUACCGAGAACUGGAUGCAGGUCUGGGAGCUGGCACCAUUAAGGGCAAACUAUGUAUAACCACGAAAGCGAAACUCCAUUAACUUUAACACUAUAUAUAAAUCAAGAAUAAUGCAGAUAGCGAGCAAAUGCGUACACCUACACGGGGGCCCCCUUAUCUAAGUACUUCCAUGCUGUUCGUAGGUCCUCGGAUAAAAGGAGAGAUUGAUAUUAAUCUUAGACAUUUCGGUAAUAACGAUCGAUCCCAGAUACUUCGAGUAGUUCCACUGCUCGUCUUGAAGAUAGUGAUAGUACGACUUAUGAUUGGUCUUUCUUCUUCCCUUUUCUGCUUCUUCGCUGUAUCUUUCGAUCGGCCUUCGUUUCUUAAUCAUUUAUGCCAAUACCACGCCACGGAAGCCGCUAAAAUAUGAUCAGUCCGCCCAGCAGGGUCCAAUUUGUCACCUUUGACCUAAAAGGCGUGACAGAUUACUCGGAAAUGAAGCAGUUCCGGAUUCAUAUCGAGUUCACAAAUCGCCACAUAUUAAGGCUGUACGUAAUUCAUCUUCAACGGCAUCCUUGAAACGUUUCUGGGGGAGUCUCACAGGGAAAUAGUUGGCGGAGCUGAGCGAUGAAGUGCGGAGAGCUCUAAAAAUACGAAGUGAGGAGUUACGGCACUUGAACGUCGCAUAUGCGUGAUCUAAUAGAUCAUAUUCACUCUUGGCAUACCUUGACAUUGAUAAUGAAGACAUAUAGAAACCCUUCCGCAUUUAAGAGCUCAGACGCUUAUGCUGAUUGAUAACCAUGAGCAUCUUUCUUAAUCUUUAAAUGAACCAACUCUUGACUUAACCACUUUUGUGUCGUCAUGCUUUUGACGCAGUUGUAGCUAUUGCUUGAAUGCAGUUCAGAUAAAAAUAUGAUUAAUUUAUAAUUGAGCAGUAGAAGUAGUUUUAUUAAGGCAGAGAUCAGGGCUCAGGGUUUCGGUUUCUUAGCGUUUAGGUCAACUAGGAGAUUAAGUUCUACACUUUUUGAAGUAGUUGUGAGUGUGGGUGCAGGCUCGAUAAUACAACGCAAGGCUUGUUGAUGAAAAUAUGGAGGCAACGGCGUCUAACGUUGACGCACGCAGGCGAAAGUGUUGAAUACCUUGUCUCCGUUAAACAAGAUGGGAAGCAUAAGAUCGUGUGGAAAGGUCGGGCGAACGCGUUGCUACAAGGCGUCACGCUUAUGGACAGGAGCAGGCGUCUCUCACGUGUUUUUUUCUCCCAUCUUCAAUCAUGAUCCUCAUUCUAAAACUAUAGCUCUCUUAUUUAAUAGAGGGAAUGAUAAUAUAAUUCCCUCUAUUUUUAAAUACCGCGCGCUGCUCCUGCUCUUUCUUCUUUUUCCUGAGUUCCGCCACUCUAUUAACGACCACAUGAUACUUUCCUGAUACGAAUAUGUAGCGUUGAUCUUGAUUAUUUCAUUAACAAUGACUAACCUAUAUCUGAAUGGUUCCGGUAUUUGGUAACCUGAAUUUGAUCCUAAGGGAAAACAAGAAGAGAACCCUUAGGAUCAAACUCAGGUUACCAAAUACCAGAGCCAUACAAUAUCUGAAUUACGACAGGGGCAGACACUACACGACAUACCCGCGUCCCUUCAAGUUUGCCAAGAUGAAAGAGCAUCAAGUUAAGGCCGAUGGUAAAAAGUUCAUCAACCGAUAUCGAUAAAACUACGCUUUAAUUAUCAAAAACUCCGUGAAGGGCUGGCACAACUAGUUCAUGAGUGAUAGAUUUUGUCUCGUGAGUGUAGAUCUUGGACUUCAGAAGAUCUUGGACUCCGCAAGAGCUCGUCUGUGUAGAUCUUGCGAGCUGCUCUAAGAAGGAAGAAGUAGCAGGGAGAAGAAAAUCCUAGUCGUCCCUUCAUACAACGCGCGGGAUCCGAGACUUAAGGCUCACAGUAAUUCACCUUCACAGUUCAAAUCCUCCUGCCCUUCUGCUUCUAUUUCUCUCCGAGAUAUUUUUUGACGAUAGUAAUUCAUUUUGUGGCUCAUUAAAUAGCUCAUGAGUGACUCACUUUCUUCCAGCACAGAGCAGCUCAUCUCCUCUCUGCUGGACGAAGAAAAGGCGAUGAACUAAUGCGAUAGAAGAGGGGAACUGAGACGUAAUGCCCUCUAAAAGAUGAUGCACCACACUUUCGUCGGCCAAUUCAGCCUGAAUAGUAUGGAAAAAAGUAGUGUACUCAUCCACAGACUCGCGAAAACAUAACUGGGCAGCCAGUUUCCCACUAUAUUUUUAUAGCUUCUGGCUAAUUUCUUGAGUUGUUGUAUAAUGAGUACACUUUUCCGCUUCAUAGAUUAGAAAGGGACUAUAUGUGGCGUCCAUCCGGUUGCGUCACAGACUGGACCCAAACCUUUCCCGGUCUGCGAGAGGAUAUCGUGGGGCUCUUGGAGCUUCUUCUAGUUUGCGGGAAACAUUCGCAUCAUCAUCAGAGCUUCUUUCAGUAUUAAAAACAGAGGAGCUUUGUAUGAAAUUCAAGACAAAAGAGCUCCACAAGAUAAGGAUGAUGCUGAUGGACUACUUACUAUGUUUUACGAAAGAGCAAGAUGAUAGAUACAAGCUCUUGUUGUCAACAAGGAAUAUAGAAGUUAUCUGUGGGAUUAAGAACGAGAGACCUCAAGAAUCAGGGACCACAUGGCGCACGCUUUAGGUUUAUGGAUUUGGGAAUUGGAGGCAAAGAUAUAGCAGCU